GGCGCGAACACAACGAGCCAUGGCCAUGCAGAGCAAAAAAAAGCUCCGUCGCUCUCCCUCGCUCACUUCUUCAUCAUCAGACUCGUCGGAUUCGUCGUCUUCAUCGUCGUCUUCAUCGUCAGACAGUGACGCGUACACCACGUCAAGUGUCCCGCGCUUCCCACCUGUCCCAGCUCCAGUGUACCCUCCGAAGGUUGAGCGUGUACUACACAGCGCUAAGAAGAAACAUCGAUCGGAUAUCGACCCUGAGGCUUGGAAUCGCGAGGGGUUUGCAGGUUCAGAUGUAUGUGACUUGCCUCUGGAUGAGUCGAAUCCAAUUAAGCGUGAGCACUGCAGUGAACUGAGUGUCAAAAGGUUCAUCGACGAGUACGAGCGUCCAGCGGUGCCUGUGGUGAUCGAUGGAGUACCUGAAGCUGACGGAUGGGGUGCGUUAAAGCACUGGUCCUUAAAGAAACUCAGGAAAAAAUACAAGCGCGUGCAAUUAAAAUGCGGCGAGGAUGACCACGGCAAGUCGAUUCGAAUGAAGUUCAAGUACUUCAUGACGUACAUUAACAACCAGACGGAUGAUAGUCCGCUCUACAUCUUCGACAGCACGUUUGAUGACCAUAAAGACACUAAGCCAUUACUAGACGACUAUAACGUACCCAAGUACUUCCCAGAAGACCUCUUCUCCUUGGUGGGGGAAGACAGACGCCCGCCCUACCGUUGGUUCCUAGUUGGACCUAAGCGUUCCGGAACCACAUUGCACUUGGACCCACUAGGCACAAGUGCGUGGAACACUCUGAUUGUCGGACGCAAGCGCUGGGUUCUCUUUCCUCCACAUUUGCCUAAGACUGUCGUGAAUGGCAAGAAAUUUAUCCGAGGAGAUGAAGACGACGAAGCUGUCAAUUACUUCAUGGACCUACUGCCACGUCUGAAGCGAGCGAAUUCACCCAAGACACUGCAGUGUAUCGAGUUCAUGCAAUACCCUGGCGAGACGGUGUUUAUACCUGGUGGCUGGUGGCACGCUGUGUUCAAUGUGGACGACACAGUGGCAGUUACCCAAAACUUCUGCAGCUCGCAGAACUUUCCCGCCGUGUGGCGUAAAACUCGCAGCGGUCGUAAACGCAUGGCCGUUAAGUGGCUGAAGAAACUCGAAACGCACAAUCCAGAGCUCGCUGCGUUGGCUACCGAGCUCAACCAGAAGGACAAGUACGUCAUGUACAGCAAAGAACGCAGCAGUCACUCGUCGGCUUCGUCUAGCUCGCACAAGAGGAAGAAGAAACAUGGCGAUCACGACGAACUAGAGUCUUCACACCAAAGUGGGAAGAAGAAAAAGAAAUGUUGCUAAGCUUUUA